AUGGCAUCCAACUUACACCGCUCGGUAUGGUCGUCCCGCCUCGUCCUCGGCUACUUCUCCCUCGGCUACUUCACCUACAAGUAUCAUCCGCCGUACGCCAUGGACCAGCUCCAGCACGCCACCGGCGGCGCCUGGCACAUCAUCUGCUACCGCAUCGUCCUGGGCCUCGUCGUCUUCCACCUGAGCUCAUAA